AUGGUGAAGAGAGGCUUGUUCCAUGAUAUGAGCGGAAUGACCAUGAGCGGCGGCAUCUUCACGCCCUCGGACAAGACCUAUGCUCGAGCAUUCUGGUACGGGGUCGCAGGAUGCGUAGGACUGCUGACGCUGACCAAGGUGGUUUCCAUAUUGCAAGCCAGACAGCGACUCAAACAGCACCGACGGAAUCCCGACAAUGUCGUUCCUUCGCGACCGACAGGAGCGAUCUCACAGACAUAUGCGACGACGACAGCUCUCGCUCGGGAAAUGUUAUAUCCGCAGCCAUUCUAUUUUACGGGCCGAAUCAGCAAGUACUUCACGCCGCUGCCGCUUGGUCGAUGGCUACUGUUGAUCUUUUACUGGAUCGUCAUACUGUGUUUUCUAUGGCAGGACACGAUCUUGCGAAAAGGAGACCCCAUGUACGCCUAUAAAUGGGAAAAGGUUGGAUUCAGAGCGGCCUGGGUCUCGGUGACCCAAGUACCCUUUGUAUAUUUGCUCUCGUGCAAAUUCAACCCGAUCAGUAUCCUCACCGGCAUCUCCUACGAGCGCUUCAACUGGCUGCACAGAUGGGCGGCAAGGACCAUGUGGCUGAGUGCAAUCGUGCACUGGUCCUUCUUCUACACGGAAUGGAGUCUUGCCAAUAUUGUCACCAUGCAGAUGAACAUGAUGCCUAUGGUGAAGUACGGCUUCGGAGCAUGGGGUCUGGUUACCUGGAUGUUGCUGUCUGGGUUUGGCUUCUUCCGCGAUCUCUGCUAUGAGCUCUUCGUUUUGCAGCAUAUUGCAGCAGCUGGUACGCUGUUGUGGCUGCUGUUCGUCCACGUGCCAUCGUACGCACAGUACAACAUAUGGAUAUCGGUCGCAUUCGUGGCAUUCGACUGGGGUGUGAGGAUCAUAUGGGGCAUUGCGCGAAACAUGCAUCUGCUCGCGCGAUCGGAUAGCAGGAUAGCAGGCUACGACACCCAUCUCGAAGCCCUUCCUGGCGAUGUUGCACGCCUGACAAUCGAGAACGUGGACUUUACGUGGCAAGCGGGACAGCAUAUCUAUCUCUACAUGCCUGGGCUGCGCCCUCUCGAGUUCCAUCCUUUCACCAUCUCGAGCACGUCUGGAAACGGGCAACUGAGCAUGAUCAUUCAAGCCCGGUCAGGCUUCUCCAGAAGUCUGCACAAGUCUGCGGCCAAAGGUGUCCAAAGGUCUUGGAGGCGUCGAGCCUUCAUCAGCGGUCCUUGGGGCACACCGCCCAAUGUAUCACACUAUGAGACCGCAGUCUUUAUCGCGUGCUCCACCGGCGCGACAUUUAUCGUGCCUUUACUACAAGAUGUACUUCGGCGCGAAAGCUGCCUACGACACGUCACACUUCACUGGAUCAUUCGGUCCGAACAACAUCUGGUGUGGUUCGAAGAGCAACUUCGGGCCAUCUUGGAGCAAGUGUUGGAAAGAAGGACUCGCAUACAAAUCGUUGUACACGUCACCCAGUCCACGCGUAUGACUGCUGCUGCUUCUUCUUCUUCUCAGAAGGCACGGAGCAGUACUACGGUGAGAGAAGCAGGAUCGUCAUCAUCAGAAGGCAACAGUCUAUCCAGUGUGCCUUCAGUCGAGAAAGACGAAAAAUCGCCUCUGACGCCGCGUAUCGCAACGCGACAUAGCCCCUCGACGUCGUUAAUUAUCGUCCCCAGCCGGCCGACAGUAGAAAGCAUGAUCAGACCAGCAGUGGAGGGCGCACGUGGCGAAACAGCAGUGAUUGUCUGCGGAGGCGUAUCCAUCACAGCCGAAAGCCGAACAUUCGUGGCUUCUCUCUCGGACGAACGAGCAGUACAUAAGGGCACAGGCGCACAGGGCAUAUACUUGUUCACCGAGACCUACGGGUGGUGA